UAUCUUUAUUCUUGAAAAAUUCAUUCAAUCUCUCUUCUUCCUCUAUAAAUACAUGAUUCCGAGUCUAAUCACUCCCUCAACAUUCUCACAAAUCUCAUUUCUCUCGCCUCUGAACUUGUGACCGAACACGUAUAGUCUCGAGCGCAUCUCUCUCUCUCUCUCUCUCUUGCUCUCUCGCUCUCUUGCUCUCUCGCUCUCUUCUAGUUUAUCAGCAGCCUGAAACUGUAGAGCAGAGCCUAGGAUCUUAAAAAGGAUCUACCUUUCUUCUUACCCAUCUCUCUCUCUCUCUCUAGAAAAUGUUUGGGACUCUCGCUUCCGGAGAUAUCGAGACCGCCAGAUUGAGGCGUGAUUUGAGGAUACCGUGCAAUCUAGGGUUCUCCUGCGGCGGAUUUGAAGACCUUGGUAUGAGAUUGGAAGGCGAGAGCUUGGGCGCUGAGGAAAACCGAGAAGUGGUGGCCGAAACGGCGCCGUUUCAGGUCGAGCGGCCUCUGUUUCAGCAGACGCAGAAACUCGUCGUGGGGUAUGCUCUGACUUCCAAGAAGAAGAAGAGUUUCUUGCAGCCCGAGCUUGAAUUCAUGGCUAGGAGAAAAGGCAUCUGCUUUGUCCCUAUCGAUUUGAACCGUCCACUUUCUGAACAAGGGCCAUUUGAUGUCGUCUUGCAUAAGCUACUGGGAAAUGAGUGGCAAGACGUUAUUGAGGAUUACCAGCAGAAAAACCCGGAAGUGACUGUGCUUGAUCCUCCAAGUGCAAUAAAGCGUAUCUAUAAUCGACAGUCCAUGCUUCAGGGUAUGGCAGAUUUGAAUCUAUCUGAUUGCAGUGGCAGCAUUUAUGUUCCAAAACAAUUGGUUGUCUUGAAAGAUUCAGCAUCUAGUGCCGAUCGAGUUGUUGAAGCUGGUCUUAAAUUUCCACUAGUUGCAAAGCCACUCUGGAUCGAUGGAACUGCAAAGUCACAUCAGUUGUUCUUAGCUUACGACAAGCGCUCGCUGGCAGAACUUGAACCGCCUUUAGUCCUGCAAGAGUUUGUUAAUCAUGGUGGAGUUAUGUUCAAGGUCUUUGUGGUGGGUGAUAUCAUAAAAGUGGUGAGACGGUUCUCUCUACCAAACGUGAGUAGUAACUGCGAAAAAGCCAAAGCUAAUGGCGUCUUCAAAUUCCCGAGGGUUUCAUCUGCAGCUGCUUCAGCGGAUAACGCAGAUUUGGAACCUAGCGUUGCUGAGCUGCCUCCAAAGCCUUUCCUUGAGGCCCUUGUGAAAGAGCUACGAACCUUAUUGGGACUUAGGCUUUUCAACAUAGACAUGAUCAGGGAACAUGGGAGCAAGAACGUGUUUUCUGUUAUUGACAUCAAUUAUUUCCCUGGUUAUGGAAAGAUGCCAGAUUACGAGCCAGUAGUUGUAGAUUUCUUCCACAAUCUGGCGCAAGCCAAACAUAAGAAGAGACACUAUAAAUGAAAAGUUGGGGGAGAAUGUAUCAGAUGUUCUUCUUCUAAGGAGGGUUUGGUUUUAAUUAAGCUGAUGUAAGAGCAGUGGGGGAAAAGAAUAAUUAAUGACUAAUUAUGUAUUUUGUA